GCGGCGGCCCGCGCGCAGCGCCCCGUCGCCUCAGCGGAGCUCGGUCGCUUAGCGCCUUCGGGGCUCGGCAGACCCGCGAGAUGGAGCGAAGGAGGAACGAGCAGAGCUGGUUCCUGCUGUGGCUGCUUUGGGUCUCCGCGCUUCUCUCCGCUGCUGUCCGGACCCGCGCGGAGACAGAACCGGCUUCCCAGGCCCACGUGGACCUCAUGGAGAUCAUUGGCCUCCCGCUGUCGCCAUCCGUGUCCUUUGUCACAGGCUACGGUGGCUUCCCGGCCUACAGCUUCGGGCCUGGCGCCAACGUGGGCCGCCCGGCCAGCGUCCUCAUCCCGCCCACCUUCUUCCGGGACUUUGCCAUCAGCGUCACCGUGAAGCCCAGCAGCGACCGAGGCGGCAUGCUCUUUGCCAUCACGGAUACCUACCAGACGGUCAUCCACCUGGGCCUGCAGCUCUCGGCCGUGGAGGACGGCCACCAGCGGGUCAUCCUCUACUACACAGAGCCCGGCUCCUCCGUGUCCCGGGAGGCUGCCGCCUUCUCCGUGCCCGUCAUGACCCACAGGUGGAACCGGUUUGAUGUGAUCGUCGAGGGCGAGGAAGUGACCCUCCUGAUGGACUGCGAGGAGCACAGCCGCGCCCACUUCCAGCGCUCCUCCCGGGCCUUGGUGUUCGAGCCCAGAGCAGGGCUCUUCGUGGGCAGUGCCGGGGCCAGGAAGCUGGAGAAAUUCAUCGGCUCCAUACAGCAGCUCACCAUCCACCCCGACUCCAGGGCUCCUGAGAAGCGAUGUGAAGCUGAGGAAUCCUCGGCAUCCGGAGAGGCCAGCGGGCUUCAGGAGACAGACGGGGUCGCUGAGAUCUUAGAAGCCGACACCUACACUCAAGCCCCGCCUAAAGAAGCAAAAGUUGAACCCAUUAACACGCCUCCAACUCCAACCUUUCCCUCUGAGGAUUCGGAACUUUCUGGGGAGCCUAUACCUGAGGGGACCCUGGAAACCACCAACCUGAGUGCCAUCCUGAACAGCAGCACUGAGCAAGGGUCUGGUGACAUCCUGAAUGACACUCUGGAGGAAGUCCAUACUAUGAACCGGGUCCCCAUUACAGAUCCUGGCUCGGGGGAUGGGGCCUUCCUUCAUGUCACUGGAGAGAGUCCACACACUGAAGAAGAUUUGGCAACAACAGUAGCAGCCAGAGAAGCCGACGUGACCAUCAGCACUGCCUGGGAAGCCGAAGUGACCGUCAGCACUGCAGGGGAAGCAGAGGGGGGCGGUGUGCCCACCGGGGGCCCGGCCCUCUCCAUGUCCACCCAGGACCCUGGGGAAGGGGCCACCCCAAGUCCAGAUACUGAAGAAGGUUCGGCAGCAAUAUCAGGGGAGGAGGCCGAGAUGCCCACCAGCACUGACGGGGAAGCAGAGGCCAGCACAGUGCCCACCGGGGAACCGGCCCCCUUCAUGUCCACGCAGGAGCCUGAGGAAGGGGUCAGUCCGGGUCCAGUCAGUGAAGGGAGUUUGACAACAGCAGCAGCUGCUGCAGAAAUGCCCCUCAGCACCUGCGAGGACGAGGAAGAGGAAGAGGAGGCCAGCAAGGUUCCCACCCAUGGCCCCCCUCCUGGCACACGCACAGCAGCCCCUGAGCAAGCGGUCACGUUUGGUCCUAGUGAAGACGACUUGGCAGCAGCCACAACGGAGGAGCCCCUGUCCAGGGUGGACGCGGAGGAGUCGGGCAGCGCUCCCCCCGAGGGGCCCCCGCUGCCCAUACCCACGGUGACUCCUGCAACAGCGGUCCCUCCGGUCACUUCGGUGGGAGCAGAGGCGGAGGGCUCUGGCCUGGGCUGGGGCUCGGAAAUCGGCUCUGGCUCUGGUGACCUGGGGCACAGUGAGGAGCUGUUAAGAGGUCCCCCGGGCCCCCCGGGCCCACCUGGCUUACCUGGGUCUCCAGGAAAACCGGGAACUGAUGUUUUCAUGGGACCCCCUGGAUCUCCUGGAGAGAACGGAGCUGCCGGUGAACCUGGGCCCCGGGGCCCCAAGGGACAGCCUGGACUUGACGGAGCCUCCGGCAGUCCCGGGACAAAAGGGGAGAAGGGAGCAAGAGGGCCUAAUGGCUCAGUCGGUGAAAAGGGUGACCCCGGCAACAGAGGCUCACCAGGACCCCCAGGGAAAAAUGGACAAGUUGGCACUCCUGGGAUCAUGGGACCCCCAGGGCCUCCUGGACCCCCAGGGCCCCCAGGCCCUGAGUGUACAAUGGAACCUGAAUUUGAGUAUAUUGAAGGCUCUGGAAACAUCAGGCUACGGCAUGAACCCAGAAUCUCAGGACCAAAUGGUCUCAAAGGAGAAAAAGGAGACCCGGGGCUCAAGGGUGAAAGAGGGAUGGAUGGAGCCAGCAUUGUGGGACCUCCUGGGCCCAGGGGACCACCAGGGCGCAUCGAGGUCUUGCCUAGUUCUUUGAUCAACAUGACCCAUGGAUUCAUGAAUCUCUCCGACAUUCCCGAGCUCACUGGGCCUCCGGGCCCGGAGGGCAUGCCUGGGCUGCCAGGGUUUCCAGGCCCUAGAGGACCAAAAGGUGACACCGGUGUGCCUGGAUUUCCAGGACUCAAAGGAGAGCAGGGCGAGAAGGGAGAGGCGGGCGCCAUCCUGACGGGAGACAUUCCUCUGGAAAGGCUGAGGGGGGAAAAGGGUGAACCUGGAGUACACGGAGCCCCAGGACCAAUGGGGCCCAAAGGACCGCCAGGACACAAAGGAGAAUUUGGCCUCCCCGGACGACCUGGUCGCCCAGGACUGAAUGGCUUCAAGGGUGCCAAAGGAGACCGAGGGGUCAUGAUGCCGGGCCCCCCUGGCUUACCUGGUCCUCCAGGCCCCCCUGGACCACCGGGAGCAGUGAUUAACAUCAAAGGAGCUGUCUUCCCCAUACCAGUCCGGCCACACUGCAAGAUGCCAGUUGGUACCGCUCAUCCUGGGAAUUCAGAACUCAUCACCUUUCACGGUGUUAAAGGAGAAAAAGGAACCUGGGGUCUUCCCGGCUCCAAAGGAGAAAAAGGCGACCAGGGGGCCCAGGGACCACCAGGCCCUCCAAUGGAUCCGGCUUACCUGAGACAUUUUAUAAACAGCUUGAAGGGGGAGAAUGGAGACAGGGGGUUUAAAGGAGAAAAAGGAGACUCUAUCAGCGACUUCUCUGUGUCAGGCCCUCCAGGCCGGCCAGGAAGUCCAGGCAUGGCUGGUCAGAAAGGGGAGACUAUCGUGGGGCCCCAGGGACCCCCAGGUGUUCCUGGCCUACCUGGGCCACCUGGCUUUGGAAGACCUGGUUCUCCUGGGCCACCGGGACCCCCAGGGCCACCAGGACCUCCAGCUAUCCUGGGAGCAGCUGUGGCCCUGCCAGGCCCACCUGGCCCUCCAGGACAGCCAGGGCUUCCCGGAUCCAGAAACCUGGUUACAGCCCUGAGCAGCAUGGCCGACAUGCUGCAGAACGCACAUCUGGUGACAGAAGGGACGUUCAUCUACCUGAGGGACAGCACCGAGUUUUUCAUUCGUGUCAGAGAUGGUUGGAAAAAAUUACAGCUGGGAGAACUGAUCCCCAUUCCUGCUGACAGCCCUCCACCCCCUGCGCUUUCCAGCAACAACCCUCAUCCGCUUCGACCUCCACUGACACCUGUUUCAAGUGUCAAUUAUGGGAGGCCUGCACUGCACUUGAUUGCUCUGAACAUGCCAUUUUCUGGGGACAUUCGAGCUGAUUUUCAGUGCUUCCAGCAGGCCAGGGAUGCAGGACUGUUGUCCACCUACCGAGCAUUCUUAUCCACCCAUCUGCAAGAUCUCUCCACAGUUGUGAGGAAAGCAGAGAGAUAUAGCCUUCCAAUAGUAAAUCUCAAGGGCCAAGUACUUUUCAAUAAUUGGGACUCAAUUUUUUCUGGCCAUGGAGGUCAGUUCAGUACACAUGUUCCAAUAUACUCCUUUGAUGGCCGAGACGUGAUGACAGAUCCUUCUUGGCCCCAGAAGGUUGUUUGGCAUGGCUCCAACCCCCAUGGAGUGCGUCUUGAGGAUAAGUACUGUGAAGCAUGGCGAACCGCCAACACGGCAGUCACGGGAUUGGCCUCCCCGCUGAGCACGGGGAAGAUUCUGGACCAGAAAGCAUAUAGCUGCGCGAGUAGGCUAAUUGUUCUCUGUAUCGAAAACAGUUUCAUGACCGACGCUAGGAAGUAAUGACCUUCCCAUGACCUGAAGAGUUCCCCAAUUUUUCUUAUGUGAAGAGUUGACACUGAAAUCUAAAAUGUUUAAAUGUUGUAAAUAUUGGUGGGUUUUGUUAUUACACAUUUAUCACAACAGCAACCAAAGAAAACAUACCUCAAUACACUCAAAACUGAAGACAUCAACAAACUCAGAUCAAAGAUAAACAUCUGAUCCGCAUAUUGGUGCUAGACUCUGCAGGAAACCCCAGGCAGUGCGAACACAUCCCAACACGGCCGAGAGCACAUUGUAGACAAAAGGCCGUGGCACGCUCCCGACUGCAUCCUUCAGAAAGUGAUUUCCUCUUUUCAACCAUUGUUGUUGAGUGUAAGAUGUCCUUCAUGUUUUCUUACAAAGUCGGUGUUUAGAAAUAUUACCCCUCUUUAAGUUAUGUGCAGACCCAGUGCUUUAUUCUUUAAUAUACACCCAUCAUUUGCAACUGCUGUUCAUACAGAGAUACCGAAGUGCUCAAAUGAUCCUAUCUGUAGUUUCUGGUAUUAUCAGAUUUUAAUGUUUUUAUUUUCUAAAAUAUUGUCCUCAUGCUUUAGGAGUUUUAUAUUUUUGCUACCAUCAUAUUUUAGUAUGGCAUCUGUUUAUAUCACUCUGACUUGCUGGAAAAGUUUAAACUCCCAGUUAUCUGAAACUAGAAAAGAAAUAACACGUAAUUCCUACCUUUCCCUUGGUGGCCCUUUCCCCCACCCCCACCCUGAUUUUAUGAUUUUCAUUUGGCAACUCUUGAAUUAUAACUGCGAUUGAACAAAUGGGUUCAUGAGGAUGAAUUUUUCUGAGAUACCUAUAUUUCAUGCUGUAUACUUUGAUUUUUUUUUUUUCCAUGUAAGUGAACAUAAAAACAUCUUUUCCAGGCGC